UUUUCAUUCGAGCAUACACCUCCCAUUUGCCCUCCCCUUUUCCCAAACAAGCAGGCAGUCUGUCAAUACGCUCCGAGCGUUAGGCAAGUCAAACGAGUGGGAAUUUGAACUAGUGAGACGGGGGAGAUAGGCUAUCGAAUGGACAACAUUGACGGAGAAGGGAAGCUAUUUAUAUUCCAAAUGACUCGCCACACCAGACCGGCUAGUCUAUAACAUAAGGAUAUAGUCUAUGUUAAACGUAUAUUUAUUAUUCCAAGUUUUAUUUUGUUCAUAUUCGUCUGGUUAGUUGAAGUUGAAUAGGCUGGAGAUGUUCUUGUCUUCAGUUCUCUUUCUAGUCAAGUGUUUUUAUUUGUUCUGUGAUAAGUUGGUUCUUGGAUGUCAAAAUUAACCGAGGUUUAUUUGCCAGUCGCAUUUACAAAUCAUUUGGGAUAGGAUCUCGGAUUUACUAAUUGGAAGAGAAAGAACAAGGAGUGAGUGGGGACCAGACCGCGCAAUGACAAAUCCACCGACCAGCAAGCAUCAACGCGUCUUUAUGGGGAUGGAGCUUCUGUUCUAAACGAGAGAAAAUCCUCUUCCAUUUUUAAACACAGCAUUAGCGCUUCUAUCGCGAUUUUUUUUUAAAAAUAAAGUACCCUUUCUAUAUUGGUGGAAAAUCCGUUAAAAAAAAGAAGGAAUGGGAGAGAAGCCCAACAGAAUCGGCACAGACAACAAGGGAACAUUGUUUGGGAAAAAACAAUUAUAGCCAAGACCAAGACGCAACAUAAAUACCACUAGAAAUCGAUCCACGGGAUUUCUUUUUGAGGAAGAAGGGGAGUUGUGCACGAGCCAGUGGACAUCGCAUUGAGGAGAAAAAAUAGGGACUAAUGACAAAAUAAUCAGAAAGUCAUGGGAUUUGCAUAGUAUUUCUCCUGGACACGCACAGAAAAUAUUGUCGAUUUACGUAGGACGCAGCCUAUAUUGUCGUCCAACGGUCACGGAUAGAGCAACUUUUAUCUGUCAUAGUUCAGUGUCAAAUACGCGUUUUGUGUGCUAUUUUCGGUUUAUAUCCAUGAGGUUGCCCAAGGCACGAUAUCUCAUAUUCACGCAUUGAGUGACUCACCUAUAGCCUUCACGGCUAUAGUCUUUGUUUUGAAAGUCCCCCAUCUCCAACAUCAUAGAAAAUAUCACAUUUAUUUUUAAAUGGGGGUAAAUCAUCGGGUUAGUGUGGUUGCAAUGGCGCGUCGGAGAAGUGGGAGUAGACUGGGCUUUCUGCUGAUAAUCUUAAUGGAUUUACUGGGGACGGCGGUGAGCAACAUGGAGCCUAUCUAUUGGAAUUCAUUGAACAAAAGGUUUUUGGACGAUAAGGGCUACGUCCUCUACCCUCAGAUCGGGGACCGCCUGGACCUCAUCUGUCCGUCGUCGGACCCCCCCAGCCAGCGGGCCCCCGCCGAGUAUGAGUUCUACAAGCUAUAUCUGGUGUCGUCACGUGACCAAGCGGACAGGUGUGAGGUGACGGGCGCGCCCAACCUGCUGCUCACCUGUGACAAGCCCAACAAUGACAUGAGGUUCACUAUCAAGUUCCAGGAGUACUCUCCUAACCUGUGGGGACACGAGUUCAAGACCAACGCUGACUACUACAUCAUCGCCACGUCAGAUGGGACGCGCCAGGGUCUGGAGAGUAUGAGGGGAGGAGUGUGUGCCACGCAGGGCAUGAAGGUGGUCCUUAAAGUGGGACAGAACCCCUAUGGACUGCCCCCGAAACCUGCCAAACCAGACCAAAACGCGGGCCGUACCAACACCAGAAAUACAGGUGGUGCUGGUAACACCACUCAUCCCAGGAUUCCUAGCGGUGACGGCGGUGGUUCGGGAGGCACGGGUGGUGAGAACGGACCCCUUCCCCCCUCCAACGUGGCUGUCAUCGCCGGCGCCGCAGGAGGCUCCGCCUUUCUCCUCCUGGUCACCGCAGUGAUCUGCGUGGUGUGUUACCGGCGGCGACACGCCAAGCACUCGGAGUCUCACCACCCACCCCUGUCGCUGUCCUCCCUCACCAGCCCCAAGAGGCACGGCGGUGGGCACGGGGGCGGCCACGGGAGCGGGAAUAACAACGGCUCAGAACCCAGUGACAUCAUCAUCCCCCUGCGGACUUCGGACUCGGCGUACUGCCCUCACUACGAGAAGGUGAGCGGGGACUACGGCCACCCCGUCUACAUCGUCCAGGAGAUGCCCCCCCAGAGCCCAGCCAACAUCUACUACAAAGUAUGAAGGUCGUCACCAUGACAACCUACAGUACCACCAACUACCACCCUUCCCUGUUCUAUUCAGUACAGUACCACCUACAACCUACCUACAAUAUACCCUGUUCUAUACAGUACAGUACCACCUACAACCUACCUACAAUAUACCCUGUUCUAUUCAGUACAGUACCACCUACAACCUACCUACAAUAUACCCUGUUCUAUACAGUACAGUACCACCUACAACCUACCUACAAUAUACCCUGUUCUAUACAGUACAGUACCACCUACAACCUAGCUACAAUAUGCCCUGUUCUAUACAGUACAGUACAGUACCACCUACAACCUACCUACAAUAUGCCCUGUUCUAUACAGUACAGUACCACCUACAACCUACCUACAAUAUGCCCUGUUCUAUACAGUACAGUACCACCUACAACCUACCUACAAUAUACCCUGUUCUAUACAGUACAGUACCACCUACAACCUACCUACAAUAUACCCUGUUCUAUACAGUACAGUACCACCUACAACCUACCUACAAUAUACCCUGUUCUAUACAGUACAGUACCACCUACAACCUACCUACAAUAUACCCUGUUCUAUACAGUACAGAACCACCUACAACCUACCUACAAUAUACCCUGUUCUAUACAGUACAGUACCACCUACAACCUACCUACAAUAUACCCUGUUCUAUAGAGUACAGUACCACCUACAACCUACCUACAAUAUACCCUGUUCUAUACAGUACAGUACCACCUACAACCUACCUACAAUAUACCCUGUUCUAUACAGUACAGUACCACCUACAACCUACCUACAAUAUACCCUGUUCUAUACAGUACAGUACCACCUACAACCUACCUACAAUAUACCCUGUUCUAUACAGUACAGUACCACCUACAACCUACCUACAAUAUGCCCUGUUCUAUACAGUACAGUACCACCUACAACCUACGUACAAUAUACCCUGUUCUAUACAGUACAGUACCACCUACAACCUACGUACAAUAUACCCUGUUCUAUACAGUACAGUACCACCUACAACCUACCUACAAUAUGCCCUGUUCUAUACAGUACAGUACCACCUACAACCUACCUACAAUAUACCCUGUUCUAUACAGUACAGUACCACCUACAACCUACCUACAAUAUACCCUGUUCUAUACAGUACAGUACCACCUACAACCUACUUACAACAGUCCCUCAAUGACUUACUCCAAAACCAGAUCUUUAGGGCACUAUACAGCAUAAGAACUGCCCUAUCGAACCCCAGCCACAGGUGUGUGUGUCUAGCUUACUAAAGAGGCCAUCCUUCAUGCCCACCACUCUUCACUCAACUGUGUCACUAAGCGAAGUGAAGGUUUGGUAUAUAACCCCCCUACUGGCCCCCACCGGGCCCUUUAAAGAGGACAGCAAUGACAAGUACUCUUGGCUACGCCCCCUUUCUUUCUCACAGCGAAUCGAAACCCCCCAUCCAGAGCUGAAGAGAAGAUUCCCGCCCUAUACACCAUGAGGACAAGUGUGAGAGAACACACACCAAGCAGGUGUGAGAGAACACACACUAGUAACGCCACAGCAUGGCCUUAUGGGACUCGGACCCUAGAAAACCUACAGUCCAACUACCAUCCAACCAGAGAACUCUGUCUGUAUCUCCAGUGCUGUGCUAUAUCAGACCUAUCGAGACUGGCCCCUGACUGGCCCUUGACUGGCCGCUGAGACAGACUGUGUCCCCUAAUGUUAGUUUGUUUGUUUGUGUGUGUAUGGUUUCUCAUUGGACCAGGGGCCUCUGACUCUCUCGCCACGUGAUCAGGCUCAGGUGCCAGAGGUCAGACCAAUUGAGUCUUAGUGACAUUCAGAUUCUUGUAUAUUUUAAUAACGUGUGUAUGUGUGUGCUUGUGUAUGUGGGACUAGGAUAAUAAUUAUGACACUGCUACACGUACAGGUGUGUGUGCAGUUAGUGUGCUUUAGUACAGCGAGUAUGUGUGUGUUUUGUGUGUCAGUGUGUGUGUGUGCCUGUAUUUCUCUGUGUAUACACUACGUGCGAGAGAAUGUGCGUGUGUGUUUGUUCUUUAGACUUGUCUUAAAAACCAAAACUCAAAAAAGUGAGCGAAUAUAGGAAGAAAGUGAGAUUUUUUAUCGCUAUCAACACUUAUAGAUGAUAUAUAUAUAUGAAUAUCCAGUAAGUCAUUUUUAGACGUCUUGUUUUCUAUUGUUUUUCAUUUUUAUUCCUCCACUUGUAAAACUCCACUUCUUCUGUUACUGCUAGAUAUUUUUUAUCCGCUGGUUUAUUGUUUAGAAACAUGACCUUAUUUCCUUCCCCUUUGAGUUGUAAAUUAAUUUAAUCCCUUUGUUUUUCUUUUCCUGGCGAACGGAGGUCUCUCCCUCUCUCUCUCAUCGCCUCCUCCCUCCCCACCUCCCUCUGGGCCUCCCACCCCUAUGUAUAUUUUUAUAGUUCUUGUAAUAUGCUGUAGUUUUGAAGUUUAGGCCUCGUUUGUGGAAGUUGUUGAGGUAGAAACCAUCUAUGAACUUUUUUUUUUUUUUUCAAAUGUUUUUGAACACACAAGAAAAAGCAAGGGGGAAAAUAAAUGAGGGAAGGUUCCAAAAGAAAUGAAAUGAAAAGCAAGAAGGUGAACCGGAGUCACUGUCUAGGGAGAAAAGAGAGUGACUGAAAACAGAACUUCUGUUAAAAGAAAGAGAGAAAAAACUGAAGAAGGAGUUACACACUAAGAAAGAAGAAGAACGCAAGAACAGAUGGAAGAAGAAGAGGAGGAUAGGAGUUGAAUUGAGAGAUGAGAGAAGGAUCCCUGGGAAGGAUAGAGAGAGCGAAGCGAUGACUGUGGCGGAGAUAGGAGUCUUUCCUUUAAUGGAGUGCUGCGAAGGAGUGAUGAACCCUAGGAGGAGGGAGGAGAGGAACGGACACGCAACUGAAAUGGAUUUCAGGGGGGACACCUCACUGUGGAAUAAGGAGGAGAGAUUUAAUCUCCCACACACACACACACACUGACAGAUAGACAGACAUACUCCCCUUUUACCUCGCAACAGCUUUAUAUUUCAGACACACACUCUUUAAGCUGAUUAUAAUGAUAGACACUCUGCAGACACACUGAUCCCUCUCACAUUCUCUUUCACUGUCAGAUACACACACACACACACACACACACACACACACACACACACACACACACACACACACACACACACACACACACACACACACACACACACACACACACACACAUACAUACAUACAUACAUACAUACAUACAUACAUACAAACAAAAGAAUACGCUGAUUUUACACACAUACUGAGGACAAAUACAUACUGAUUGCAUUCAACACCACUACAUCUUUGCCUCACACACAGACACACACACUGAUCCCUCUCACAUUCUCUUUCACUGUCAGACACACACACACACACACGCACACACGCACGCACGCACACACACACACACACACACACACACACACACACACACACACACACACACACUGCUCUCAUGUGGCUCCCUAUUUUUGACACAGUCCUGGCUUUCUACCCAUGAUUAAGUCAACCUCUGUGUGUGACGGAAGGAUGAAAAGAGGUUUUGUCCUCCCUGUGUGUGUGUGUGUGUGUGUGUGUGUGUGUGUGUGUGUGUGUGUGUGUGUGUGUGUGUGUGUGUGUGUGUGUGUGUGUGUGUGUGUGUGCGUGCGUGCGUGCGUGCGUGCGUGCGUGCGUGCGUGCGUGCGUGCGUGCCCUGUGUAUGGAUGUUUUUCCUCACACACAGCUCCUGUCAGUCUCACUAUAAGCCUGUGUAAUGAUACCCGUUUUCACUUCCUUUUUCUAGAACAAAACAUUUUUCAAUGCCGUGUGAUCAGUGAUGUUGUACAGGCUAGCCGCUGUAUUGUUGAGACAAGUGUUAGACCAACACAGCCACAACAACCUUUGAAUACAUACGUAUGUACUCACCCAAAAUAGAAGACAAUAGAUACCUGUGCCAUACUUAGAAAUAUCCCUCAUGCUCAACAGGGAUGUGUUUGAUCCAAAAGCUUCACUCAAAGUGUGUGUUAUUCAUGUGCAUACCUGUUGGAGAAGCUUCCUUUGGAAAAUUGCUGUUAAAUGUGUUACAACGACAACUGCUCUCUCUGUUUCAUAUCAUUUGUAUGCUGUGUUAUCUGUUCACAUUAUACUUUUUGAACUUAGAAAGUGUUAAGAGAAAUUGACAAAAUAUGGGGAAAGUUUCUCCCCGGUCUGUGUGUACUCUACCAUCAUCUUGUUAUGUGUGUAUGUGUCUGUCCCGUCUACAGUACAAAUAAACAACCAACAGGAAUAUACCUUCAAAAACACCCUCAAGCUAAACUACAAACUCUAUUCUGGUGUCUGAAUAAACUACAAACUCUAUUCUGGUGUCUGAAUAAACUACAAACUCUAUUCUGGUGUCUGAAUAAACUACAAACUCUU